AUGACUGCUAGUUCACAUGGAUUUGAAAUUACCUACAGAUAUGCAGUGUUUCUUCAAGAUUUCCUGGAGUCUGCAGAGCAAUAUUUCAUUGUUGGGUUUCGUGUCCACUAUUAUGUCUUCACCGAUCAUCCAGAACAGGUUCCUGAUGUGAAACUGGGGGAAGGACAUAAACUGACGGUGAUGACAGUCAAUAGUUCGAGCAGAUGGCAGGAGAUGAGUUUGGGCAGGAUGAAAAGGUUGGAGAUGCUGAUUGAGAGUGGAUUGGUCAAUGAUGCAGACUUGCAUCUUUUCAGCCUUGAUGUGGAUACAAAGUUCUACGGCCACUGGGGAGCAGAGACUUUGGGUAAUCUUGUAGGUGUGAUACAUGCAUGGUUUUAUAAUUAUCAACGUGUGCUAUUGCCAUAUGAGCGAAGGCCUGAGUCUCAAGAAUUUAUCCCUUAUUCUGAGGGUGAUUAUUAUUAUUUUGGGGCUGUGCUUGGUGGUUCAGUGAAAUGCGUAUAUCAGCUUGCUAAAACCUGUCGAGAGCAGCUGGACAUUGAUGCAGCUAAAUCCAUUGAGGCAGCAUGGCAGGAGGAGUCCCAUUUGAACAAGUACUUCCUUUAUAACAAACCCAGUAAACUGCUUUCACCUGAAUAUUCUUGGGAUGAUAAAAGAGGGAAACCAGAAGAGAUCAACAUCAUUAGAUUCUCUCAAGUCCUUAAAAACUGUGCUGAAGUUCGUCCAAACACAAAGCUUUUAACAGUGCAGAACAUCCUUCAGGACGAAGUGUCUAAACUAUUAGAACAGGAUAUCAUCCUGGACAGGAGUCGCAGAGCCCAUGGUCAGCCCCGGUUGUGCUCGUUCGUAAAAAGGACGUCGGUGCGCCAUUUUCGCCAUUACCUUGCUUACCCCCCUUUUACCAUCAUCACCGAUCAUAAACCGCUGGUCGGACUCAAAAAGCUGCCCUUGGACCAUGAUCCAACAGGAAGACGAGCACGUUGGGCAGUCGAAUUAGAUCUCUAUGAAUGGGUGCUCAUUGAUGACCCGGCCAACAAGCAUAAUAAACUACAUCCUCGCUGGGUGGAUCCUUAUGAGGAUCUACAGUCAGUUGCACCACCUGGUACCUUGAUCCCUGUAGAUUUCACUGUUCGUGACACAUCCAAACCACAUACAAAGCCUAAAGUCAUUCACUAUAACCUAUGA